CGGUUCGAUUUCUUAUAUCCAAAACAGUGACUUACUUUUAAGUGAUCGUAUACUCUUUAAUAUAGUGCGAACAUUAAAAGUAAUUGGUCACAUAGUUAUAAGAACCACAAUGAAAAUGCUGUAUUAUUAAUUUUAAAACCUUUCUUUUAAUACCAAAACACCUAAAAUUUGUUUGGUUAUGCCGUUAAGAAACUAAACAAAAGUAUUAUGGAAUAAAUAAGUUCACCUAAUUAAUUACACUCACACAUAUAACUUCACUGCUGAAUAAGUCUAAACAAAAUAAAAAAUGAAACUGUAUUGUUUAAGCAGUGACGCAUCCAAGCCAUGCUUUGUGUUGUCAUUCAAAGAGUUGCUGAUAAUGCUGGAUUGUGGGCUCUCUGCACACUCUGUUCUGAACUUCCUACCUCUUCCGCCAGUGCCCAGCACCAGACUGGCAUCACUACCAAACUACACACCGCCACAUGUCAAUGAUCCAUUACUUGAAGGGGAAUUAAAAGAAUGUUGUGGGAGAGUGUUCGUAGACAGUAUACCUGAGUUCUGUCCACCUUUGGACAAAGUUGUAGACUUUUCUCAGCUGGAUGUCAUCCUCAUCUCCAACUACACUUGUAUGAUGGCAUUGCCUUUUAUCACUGAAGAGACCGGAUUCAAGGGUCAAGUUUAUGCUACCGAACCCACUCUGCAGAUAGGAAGGUUUUAUCUAGAGGAGCUAUCAGAGUGGGUAUCAUCGUGUGGCAGCAGCAGUGGUGCAGCCAAGCGCUGGAAGGAGCUAGUGCACUUGCUGCCUCCGCCGCUAGCAUUAGCGGCACGCCCGCGUGCCUGGCGGCGCCUCUUCAGCCCCGCGGCGCUGGCGCGCGCGCUGUCCCGCGUGCGCGUCGUGGGCUACGACGAACGCGUCGAUAUUUAUGGUGCACUUGACGCCACCGCCGUGAGCUCCGGCUUCUGUCUCGGCUCCGCCAACUGGGUGCUGCGGUCUGCGCACGAGAAGGUGGCGUACGUUAGCGGCUCGAGCACCCUGACGACGCACCCUCGGCCCAUCAACCAGGCGGCGUUGCGCGGCGCAGACUUGCUGAUACUGGCGGCGCUAACUCAGACGCCUGCGCACAACCCCGACCACAUGCUGGGCGACCUGUGCGUGCACGCCACUGUGACGCUGCGCGCCGGCGGCUCCGUGCUGUGCCCCGUGUACCCGAGCGGCGUGCUGUACGACUUGCUCGAGUGUCUGUCGGCGCACCUGGAAGGUGCGGGGCUGGCACACGUGCCGCUGUACGUGGUGUCGCCGGUGGCGGACUCGUCGCUGGCCUACAGCAAUAUCUUGGCCGAGUGGGUAUCAGUGGGCAAGCAGGCGCGUGUGUAUUUGCCCGAGGAGCCCUUCCCGCACGCAGCGCUCGUCCGCGCCGGUAGACUCAAACACGCGCGCUCGUUACACGACGACGCUUUUAGCGCGGACUUCCGGCAGCCGUGUGUGGUCUUCUGCGGACAUCCAAGCCUCCGCUUCGGUGCGGCGGUACAUCUCGUCGAGCUAUGGGCCAAUAAUCCAGCACACGCCAUCAUCUUCACGGAGCCGGACUUCCCUUACGCGGAGGCCCUGGCGCCGUUCCAGCCGCUGAGCAUGAAGGCGUUCCACUGCCCCAUCGACACGUCGCUCAACUACUCGCAGGCCAACAAGCUGGUGCGCGAGCUGCGGCCGCGCGAGCUGGCGCUGCCCGAGCAGUACGCGGGCGGCGGCGCGCGGCCGCACGUGAGCGCCGACGCGCCCACCGUGGUGGUGCGGCGCGGCGCCGCGCGCUCGCUGUCCGUGCGGCGCCGCGCCGCGCGCGCCACGCUGUGCGGCACGCUGGCGGCGCGCGCCACGCCACGCGAGCUGCGCGCCGGCCUGCGCGCCGCCCCCCUGAGCGCGGCGCUGCGCGUGCGCGACGCGCGCCUGGAGCUGGUGGCGCCGCCGGGACCCGCGCCCGCGCCCGCGCCGCGCCUGCACUGGAACGCGCUGGACGUGGAGGCGCUGGUGCGCGCGCUGACGCGGGAGGGCGUGACGGAGGCGCGCGUGGAGGCGAGCGCGGACGGCUGCAUCGUGCACCUGCCGCGCCAGGACACGCUGGUGCACGUGGAGCGCCACGCCACGCACGUGUUCUGCGAGGGCCGCGGCGACGUGCGCCAGGCGCUGCGGCGCGCCAUCGCCUCGUGCCUGCCGCACAUCUAGGCGACGGCUCGCCUCAUCGUCCGAUCUCUCGAAGAUUCUAUAUAUAUGUUAUGUACGUGAUCUAGUUAUACGAAAGAUGGAAGUAAAGAUGUCGGUGUGAAUAAAACGAUCGUUUUAAUUUAUGACAUUUAUAUAUUAAUACAUAUGUAACACUUACUUGUAUCGAUAAAAGUGAGUAAAUAUAAAGAUGGACUGAGGAGAUCGCUACCGAAGAGGACAUCUCUUACACAUACAUUUGAGUACUUUAUGCGAGAAUGUUUCAUACGACGUGCAAACUGACGAACUACGUCAAAUAGCACAACCAGUUAACAUCAAUGGAAUUACUUUCAGCAACUUACUACUAUAUACUAUUCUUAA